AUGGGGGAGAAAGUUUCGGAGGCGCCGGAGCCGGUGCCCCGUGGCUGCAGCGGCCACGGCGCCCGGGCUCCUGCCCCUGCGGUGGCCGCCGCAUCCUCGCCUGGCGCUUCCUCGGCCGAGUCCUCCUCGGGCUCAGAAACUCUGUCGGAGGAAGGGGAGCCCGGCGGCUUCUCUCGAGAGCAGCCGCAGCCACCGCCGCCGGGCGGCGCCCUAGGCGCCCCGCCGCCCGCCGCGUGGGCUCCCGCGCGCGUGGUGCUUGAGCUUGGAGUGUGUGCGCCGCCGCCGCAGCUCCGCGGAGGAACCGCGCCGCCCGCGCCGCGGGGCAGCAGCGCGUCCCAGGAGGAGCAGGACGAGGAGCUUGACCACAUACUGUCACCUCCGCCCAUGCCGUUUCGGAAAUGCAGCACCCCGGAUGUGACUUCUGGUCCUGCAAAGUCACUGAAGUUUAGAAGACAGCUGAGUGAGGAUGGGCGAGAGCUGCGGCGGGGAAGCCUGGGAGGAGCUCUCACAGGGCGGUACCUGCUUCCAAACCCCGUGGCAGGGCAGGCCUGGGGCACCUCGGCGGAGACGUCCAACCUCGUGCGCAUGCGCAGCCAGGCCUUGGGCCAGUCUGCGCCCUCGCUCACCGCCAGCCUGAAGGAGUUGAGUCUCCCCCGAAGAGGAAGUUUUUGCCGAACAAGCAACCGGAAAAGCUUGAUAGGCAAUGGACAGUCACCAGCAUUGCCUCGACCACACUCACCUCUCUCUGCUCAUGCAGGAAACAGCCCUCAAGAUAGUCCAAGAAAUUUCUCCCCCAGUGCCUCAGCCCAUUUCUCAUUUGCACGGAGGACUGAUGGACGCCGCUGGUCCUUGGCUUCUCUCCCUUCUUCUGGCUAUGGGACAAACACCCCCAGCUCCACAGUCUCUUCCUCCUCUUCCUCCCAGGAGAAGCUGCAUCAGUUACCAUACCAACCAACGCCAGAUGAAUUGCACUUCCUGUCAAAACAUUUUUGUACUACUGAAAGCAUUGCCACGGAAAACAGAUGCAGGAACACCCCCAUGCGCCCCCGUUCCCGAAGUCUGAGCCCCGGACGUUCUCCCGCCUGCUGUGACCAUGAAAUAAUUAUGAUGAACCAUGUCUACAAAGAAAGGUUCCCAAAGGCCACGGCUCAGAUGGAAGAACGUCUGAAGGAAAUAAUCACCAGCUACUCUCCUGACCACGUUCUUCCUCUAGCAGAUGGAGUGCUCAGUUUCACUCACCAUCAGAUUAUUGAACUGGCUCGAGAUUGCUUGGAUAAAUCCCACCAGGGUCUCAUCACCUCACGAUACUUCCUUGAAUUACAACACAAAUUAGAUAAAUUGCUGCAAGAGGCUCAUGAUCGUUCAGAAAGUGGAGAAUUGGCAUUUAUUAAACAACUGGUUCGAAAGAUCCUAAUUGUUAUUGCCCGCCCAGCUCGAUUAUUAGAGUGUCUGGAAUUUGAUCCUGAAGAAUUUUACUACCUGUUGGAAGCAGCCGAAGGCCAUGCCAAAGAAGGACAGGGUAUUAAAACUGACAUUCCCAGGUACAUCAUUAGCCAGCUGGGGCUCAAUAAGGAUCCUUUGGAAGAAAUGGCUCAGUUGGGAAACUAUGACAGUGGGACAGCAGAAACACCAGAAACAGAUGAAUCAGUGAGUAGCUCCAAUGCUUCCUUGAAACUUCAAAGGAAACCUCGGGAAAGUGAUUUUGAAACGAUUAAAUUGAUUAGCAAUGGAGCCUAUGGGGCAGUCUACUUUGUUCGGCAUAAGGAAUCCCGGCAGAGGUUUGCUAUGAAGAAGAUCAAUAAACAGAACCUCAUCCUCCGAAACCAGAUCCAGCAGGCCUUUGUGGAACGGGAUAUCCUGACUUUUGCAGAGAAUCCCUUUGUUGUCAGCAUGUACUGCUCCUUUGAAACAAGGCGCCACCUUUGCAUGGUCAUGGAAUAUGUGGAAGGAGGCGACUGUGCUACCUUGAUGAAGAAUAUGGGUCCUCUCCCUGUUGACAUGGCAAGGAUGUACUUUGCGGAGACAGUCUUGGCCUUGGAAUAUCUACAUAAUUAUGGAAUUGUACACAGGGAUUUGAAACCAGACAAUUUGUUGGUCACCUCCAUGGGGCACAUAAAGCUGACAGAUUUUGGAUUAUCCAAGGUGGGACUGAUGAGCAUGACUACCAAUCUUUAUGAAGGUCAUAUCGAGAAGGAUGCUCGAGAGUUCCUGGACAAACAGGUCUGUGGCACGCCUGAAUACAUUGCACCAGAAGUGAUUUUGAGGCAGGGCUAUGGGAAGCCAGUGGACUGGUGGGCCAUGGGGAUUAUCCUCUAUGAAUUUCUGGUUGGAUGCGUGCCAUUCUUUGGGGACACUCCAGAAGAGCUGUUUGGACAAGUCAUCAGUGAUGAGAUCAACUGGCCGGAAAAGGAUGAGGCACCACCCCCCGAUGCCCAGGAUCUGAUUACCUUGCUUCUUAGGCAGAAUCCCCUGGAGAGACUGGGAACAGGUGGCGCCUAUGAAGUCAAACAGCAUCGAUUCUUCCGUUCUUUAGACUGGAACAGUUUGCUGAGACAGAAGGCAGAAUUUAUUCCCCAACUGGAAUCUGAGGAUGACACAAGUUAUUUUGAUACUCGGUCAGAGAAAUAUCAUCACAUGGAGACUGAGGAAGAAGAUGACACAAAUGAUGAAGACUUUACUGUGGAAAUAAGGCAGUUUUCCUCCUGUUCACACAGGUUUUCAAAAGUUUUCAGCAGCAUAGACCGAAUAACUCAGAAUCCAGGAGAAGAGAAGGAAGAGCCUGGAGACAAAACCAAAAGCACAACAUUGCCAUCCACAGAAACAUUCAGCUGGAGUUCGGAAUAUUCGGAAAUGCAACAGUUAUCCACAUCCAACUCUUCAGAUACUGAAAGCAACAGACAUAAACUCAGUUCUGGCCCACUUCCCAAACUGGCUAUUUCAACAGAGGCAGAAAAAGAUGAAGGUGCUCCCUGCUCCAGAGACCUGCACGAGGAGCCCGAGGUCACCACUCCCGCCAGUACAAUCAGCAGCUCCACCCUGUCAGUUGGCAGUUUUUCAGAGCACUUGGAUCAGAUAAAUGGACGAAGCGAGUGUGUGGACAGUACAGAUAAUUCCUCAAAGCCACCCAGUGAACCCGCUUCUCACAUGGCUCGGCAGCGAUUAGAAAGCACAGAAAAAAAGAAAAUCUCGGGGAAAGUCACAAAGUCCCUUUCUGCCAGUGCUCUGUCCCUCAUGAUCCCAGGAGAUAUGUUUGCCGUUUCUCCACUGGGAAGUCCAAUGUCCCCCCAUUCCCUGUCCUCGGACCCUUCUUCUUCACGAGAUUCUUCUCCCAGCCGAGAUUCUUCAGGAGCUUCUGGCAGUCCACAUCAGCCCAUUGUGAUCCACAGUUCAGGGAAAAACUACGGUUUUACCAUCCGAGCCAUCCGGGUGUAUGUGGGAGACAGCGACAUCUAUACAGUGCACCAUAUUGUUUGGAAUGUUGAAGAAGGAAGUCCAGCAUGCCAAGCAGGACUGAAGGCUGGGGAUCUGAUCACACACAUCAAUGGAGAACCAGUGCAUGGACUUGUCCACACGGAAGUUAUAGAGCUUUUGCUAAAGAGUGGAAAUAAGGUCUCAAUCACCACCACCCCAUUUGAAAACACGUCCAUCAAGACGGGACCAGCCAGGAGAAACAGCUGUAAGAGCCGGAUGGUGAGGCGGAGCAAGAAAUCAAAGAAGAAAGAAAGUCUAGAAAGGAGGAGAUCCCUUUUUAAAAAACUAGCCAAGCAGCCUUCUCCUUUACUCCAUACCAGCCGAAGCUUCUCCUGUUUGAACCGGUCCCUGUCAUCAGGGGAGAGCCUCCCAGGCUCCCCAACGCACAGCUUGUCUCCCCGGUCCCCCACACCCAGCUAUCGCUCCACCCCUGACUUCCCAUCAGGUACUAACUCCUCUCAGAGCAGCUCCCCAAGCUCUAGUGCCCCCAAUUCCCCAGCGGGGUCAGGACACAUCCGGCCCAGCACCCUACAUGGUCUGGCCCCCAAACUCAGCGGACAGCGCUACCGUUCUGGAAGGCGGAAGUCGGCUGGCAGCAUCCCCCUCUCCCCACUGGCCCGGACCCCCUCUCCAACACCACAGCCCACCUCCCCUCAGCGGUCACCAUCCCCUCUGUUGGGACACUCGCUUGGCAAUUCCAAGAUCGCUCAAGCUUUUCCCAGCAAAAUGCACUCCCCUCCCACCAUCGUCAGACAUAUCGUGAGGCCCAAGAGUGCAGAGCCCCCGAGGUCCCCACUGCUCAAGCGCGUGCAGUCAGAGGAGAAGUUGUCUCCCUCCUAUGGCAGUGACAAGAAGCACCUGUGUUCCCGCAAACACAGCCUGGAGGUGACCCAGGAGGAGGUGCCAAGGGAACAGCCUCCACGGGAAGUGACCUUGCAGAGCCUGGAGGAGAAUGUGUGUGACGCCCCUUCCCUGAGCCGCGCCAGGCCUGUGGAGCAAGGCUGCCUGAAGCGUCCUGUCUCCCGGAAGCUGGGGAGACAGGAGUCUGUGGAUGAGCUGGACCGAGAGAAGCUCAAGGCCAAGGUGGUGGUGAAGAAGCCAGAUGGUCUCCCAGAGAAACAAGAACCCCACCAGAAAUCCCAUGGACUUGGGAGUGAUUUAGAAAACCUCUCUACUUUUAGGCUGGAAGAGAGAGAGAAGAAAAUCUAUCCAAAGGCUUUAGAAAGGUCAAGUCAUUUUGAUAACAAAGUGGCCUUGCAGGAGGCCCCAUCCGUGGGCAGCCUGCUGAAAGGGGCUCUUCACAAGCAGGCCAGCAUUCGGGCCAGCGAAGGAGUGACCUCGGAAGGGGCAGCGGCUGGCCAUGGCCCGGCACCUGGGGACCACAGCCAGGGCAUCUGUGACUUCAAGCGCACCUCUGCUCCUGGCACCCUCCAGGACACUCUCUGCCACUCGGCUGAUAGGUCCAGCUCUGGGAAGGGUGAAAACACGGAGAAGGCCUCCCAGGCCAAGGAGUAUCUCCGAUGUGAGAAGUUAGACAGCAAACUGGCCAACAUCGAUUACCUCCGAAAGAAAAUGUCACUUGAAGACAAAGAUGACGGCCUGUGCACUGUGCUCAAGCCCAAGAUGCCGUCUAGUGCCCACGAAAGCCUCCCCGGGAACCCCGUCCGGUCCAUGGGUGGACAGCAGGAGGCCCCAGUGGCCUCUGAGAGCCGAGCAUUCAUGAGCAGUGCCCACACGGCUCAGAUCAGCACUGUCUCCUUUGUCCCUCUCAAGGCGCUAGCUGGGCGGGUGGACGGUGGAGUAGAGAAGCCGGGCUUGGUUGCUCCUGAGUCACCCGUCCGGAAAAGCCCUUCUGAGUAUAAACUGGAAGGUAGGUCUGUGUCCUGCCUGAAACCAAUUGAGGGCACUUUGGAUAUUGCUCUCCUGUCUGGACCUCAGGCCUCCAAGACAGAGCUGCCUUCCCCGGAGCCUGCACAGAGCCCCAGCCCGGCCAGUGAUGUGAGGCCCUCUGUGCCACCGGCUCUCCCCAGCACCGGGGGCAAGAAGGGUGAGACGGCGGGUCAGAGGGAGCCUUCCCCUGCUGGCUUCAGGAUUAAUAAGUCCUACCUGCUGGAGCCCCGGUUCCCACCCCCCAGCCGGGGUCUCCAGAAUUCACCAGCAGCUCCCGUGCCUUGCUCUGACCCAGAGCUAAAGCGGGAUAGGAAAGCUUCCCAUGCAGCCAAGAGCACAGUGACGGUCAUGGAAAGCGAUCCCCAGCGGAGAGAGGGGGGCCCCAGCAAACACCAAAACCAUAGCCCUGACACCAAACUCCUCCCCUCCCUGGGAUUGAACCCCCACAGCACGGACCCAUCCAGGUCACGCAGCCUGCUGCUGCCUGAAGGUACCGCCUCAAGAGAGAAGCCAAGUGGGAGGGAAUCCUCUGAAAGGGGCCCUUCCACGGCCAGAAGUGAGCGGUCCGCUGUGAGACCUGACUCCCACAGGGAUCCCUCUGUGGAGUUGUAUCCCCCAGAAGCUGCUAAAACCAGUGACAAUUCCAGAAAUCUCCCCUCCGGGGAAAGGACCCGUCCAGAUUCCUACACUCAGACCCGAGCCCUGGAGAAAGCAUGGGCACCUUGUGGGAAAACAAACCACAGAGAUGGCCAAGAUGAGGUGAGGCCCCUGGCGAGGGAGGACUCCUCUUUGCAGUCAGCAGGGACUCCUCGUGAGAGGGAGCUGGGCAGAGGAAGAGGUGGCCCGGAACCCCAGCCAGAAGCUCCUCCCAGCCGGUGGUCCCUGCAGCCACCAGGCACUGAACGUGGGAAGGAAGCCCAGCUCUCUGCUUUCCCAUCCUUGCCGAAAGACGGUCCCAAGGAACCAGAAAGGAAAGAACAGCCUCUACAAAAGCACGUCAGCAGUAGCUCUCAGCCCCCGCUGGUCACCAAAGAACUGCCCAGCCUGGCCACUCAGCAGCACUGCAGCUCCCCAAGCCACUCCUCAGGCAGAGAGCCGGGGGGCAAGCCCUGUACUACAGAGCCCAGCCUGGGCCUCCAGGGCCCUCCCAGGCCCGCUGCAGUGCAUGGUGAAAGCAGCAGCCCCAAGUCUGGGCCUGGCCCCGACUCUAUCCCCGCAAAGUCUAAGCACCCUGACAGGGCCCUCUCCUCCCAGAAGCCAAGCGUUGGGCCUGCAGCAGGCAGAGAGGCUGCAGCCCAGCCGCAGGUCGGCCCCAGCCGAGAAGGGAAGGACAGCAGUAAGGGUGUGCCGGAGGCCUUCCCUGCCCUCCCAGGCUCCCAGAACACAGCCACCAAUGCGAUUAGCCAGGGAGGAAGUGGACCCUCAGUUCCGCUGCUCACCGAAGGGGGUCCUCUAGACCCUAAGCUAAAAGCCACCGGUGGCAGGCGGUCCCCGGAGGCACCAGAGAAGCCCACGCAUCAGCCGCAGCAAGGACACCCAGGAGGGGGUGAAUCGGCGGACCAGAAAGUUGCCCCUGUCAGUGAAAAGCAAAAUGUGUCUCCAAAGCACCCCAAACCAUCCACUGUGAAAGAUUGCCCCGCUGUGUGCAGACAGACAGACAGGAGUCCAAGUUCACAGGCUGCCACCGCCACGGACAGGAAGUCUGAGGGGAAGAAAUGCACUGAAGCACUUUACGUUCCAGCAGACAGUGGGAAGCUUGAGGCCAGCCUUUCCCUGGCACCCGGCGAGGCCCGGCCAAAAGGCCCAGAGAGGCCGGCAGCUGCUGUGGGGAAAGGCUUGCCAGAGGCCAAGGGGAAAGUGCUGAGUCCCCAGAAGCCGCUGACUGAGGCAGGCAAGCCCAGCGGCAUGAAACGGUCGCCCUCGGCCACCGGACAGAGUUCUUUUCGAUCCACUGCCCUCCCAGAAAAGUCUCUGAGCUCCUCCUCCAGCUUUCCUGAGGCCAGACCGGGGGCUCGAGAGGCUGCUGCAACUAGCGGUGACGCAUCUUUGGCCAAGGCCAGCGGGGCUGCAGCUAAGACCCUGCCCGGGGGAGAUGGCAGAACCCACAUGACAAAGAGCGACUCUCUGCCAUCCUUUCGGAGCUCCACCGUCACCCUGGAAUUGCACCACCCCAGCCCGCUCGUGGCAGGGGGAGCCGGCCACCGGGACAGGGCCCUGUCGGUAUCUGCCACCACAGGAGAAACCAAAGGCAAAGAGCCUGUCGCAGCCCCGCCCUCUCAGACUAGGAAACAGAGCGUGGGCAGAGAAGUGACCAAGGCAUCCCCAGCUCCAAACCCUGACCGGCCCAUCGCCCUUUCUUCUGAGAAGGACUUUGUGGUGCGGCAGAGGCGGGGGAAAGAGAGUUUGCGUAGCAGCCCGCACAAAAAGGCCUCGUAACGGGGCAGGCCCCAGGCCGGACUGGGGAGACCCGACCUGAAUGUGUACCUGAGUCUUGACUACCUUGUGAAGCCAGCACUGUGUGGGAACGCCCGCUGGGCAGAGCCUGGAGCCCCUAGGCAGAGGGGGAGAGGGAGAGAGAGACAGAAAGAGGGGACCUUCUUCCAAUUGCCUUCCCAAUUGUAACCCAUAACACUGUUACCAGAGAGGGUUUGUACGAAAAACGAAAACAACAACAAUAAAGAAACACCUUUACAGUGGAGGGUUGUUGAGGAUAAAGAUUUUCUCUGUAAAUACCUAGCAAUGUGUUUGGUUUGGGAUGUAGAGUGAUACCUUGCUGCUGAUGGCGUUGUUUA